AUGGAAAUUGGGGAUACAAGCGUAAAAGUUGGUGUUCGUGUUCGACCAUUAUCAAACAGUGAAGUGAAUGAUGGAAGUUCAACUUGUUUAUCAUAUUUAAAUGAAGAAAACCAGUUAAUCAUUGGAAAUGAUAAACUUUUUGGUUUUGAUUAUGUUUUUAAAGAGACAGAUUGUCAAGAGUAUGUUUACCGAAAAGCUGCAUUUCCAAUGGUUGAAAAUGUUCUCAAAGGUUAUAAUGCUACUGUGUUUGCUUAUGGUCAAACUGGGAGUGGAAAACUUAUACAAUGGGUACAUGUAUCUCUGAAAAUAGUAGCAGAUACAAUAUACAAAGAGGAUAUACAUGAUCUGUUAGGUGAGGAUGUGUCUGCAUCAUUACAAAUACGUGAAGAAAAUCAACUUAUUAAGAUUCCAGGACUAACUGAGACAGUAGUCACAUCUCCGGAAGAAGUUCUUUAUCUUCUUCAAUGUGGCUCAACAAAGAGAAGUGUUGCAAGUACGGCGAUGAAUUUAAAGUCUAGUCGAAGUCAUGCUAUCUUAACUCUGUGUUUUUUACUGCGACCAAAAAUAACAGGAAUAGAUGUCGAGAAUUCAGGAGAUACACUGACGGCUAAAUUACAUUUAGUGGACUUAGCUGGUUCUGAACGAAUUAAGAAAACACAUGCUGAAGGUGAUCGACUUAAGGAAGGUAUUGAUAUCAAUAGAGGUUUACUUGCACUUGGUAAUGUCAUAAGUGCUUUAUGUGAACGUGAUGCAAAGAAACGAUCACAUAUUCCAUAUCGUGAUUCACGUCUGACUCGAUUACUUCAAGAUUCAUUAGGUGGGAAUAGUGCCACGCUAAUGCUUGCUUGUGUUAGUCCUGCUGAUAUAAAUAUGGAAGAGACAUUGAAUACACUUCGGUGA